CCAUUCGGAUGAUACCUAUCUAUAUUACACCCAGAAAGGCCACGCCCUUUAUCCUAGCAUUUUGUGCCCUUAUUAUAUGCCUGUGACUUUACCUCGCAUGUCUGCUCCUUUUACCUUUUCAAAGACUUUCGUGUCCACUGAGUCUGCAUUCUGAUCAGUUUUUGGCUGGGCUGAUGGACGAACUCAUGUACACAUCAAAUAUUACAUACAUACUGGCGGAUUUUCCAUUUUUAUCACAAUUUUCUUCACAGCCACUUCAACUCAAGGACCCACCAACAAUUUUUCAAGCUUCUGGUAUGCUCGACGCUUUCACCAGCACCACCAGCACUGGCAACCCUCCCUCCUUUGAUCCUCCCAACAAAUCCAGUAAGAUGUCCCUAUUGCAGAGCAACGCCCUUGCUAAACAAGGGCAUAUGAGCGAGGCGGAGAUCACGGAGGCGAGGAGAACCGAGCUGGGGACGGACCCAGAGCCGCCGAAGAGGAGGAGAUCGGGGGAGGUUGUUGAAAAAGGUGCAGCAGAUGAUGCAGAUAUUGCUGGGAGUAAUUUCGAACUAGGAUAUUCCAACAACUCUGUAGAACUGCCAUCGGAUAAUGAGCUGUUCACCCUGAAUGCUAAUGGCCAACAUCCUGCGGAUAAAUAUUCGCUGUGGGCGCAACACAUGAAGAGAAAAUUAAGUUUAGAAAGUGAAGGUCUGCGGGGUGAAGAAAAGUUGCAGAAGAACGAAGUUUCUCUAUACGAUGAAUUGCGCCUCAAAUUCAAGCACCAAAGUGAAUUUCUCAAACAGAAAACCCAAUCUCUCGAGCAGGAAAACCAAAACCUCCGAGACCAAAACCAAAACCUCCGAAAUCAAAACCAGACCCUUCAAGACCAAAACCAAACCCUCCAAGACCAACUAGCCACUACCCUCGCCGCUCAAUACAGCGCCAAAAAUGACGGCGAGUUCUUCUCCCAAUCCACCACUGCCUCCUCCUAUACCACUGCAAUUCGAGCUGGGAACCCUGCACUCCUUCAACGCACUGAGAUUGCCAAAUCCCAAGCUGCACAAGGCGUCGCCCUAGUCAAUGCGACAUACGAGGAGCAUCUGCGGGUGGUGGAAGAGCAGGCAGGGACGUUUUCUGGAAUAGCGAAGAAGGAUGCGGUGGUGGAUGAAGAGGCGCCAGAGUUGAGGGCAAGGUGUUGUGAGUUAGAGAGGGAGGCUGGGGUGUCUAAGACGGAGGCUGGGAGACAAAAGGGAGAAGCAGUCCAGCUGUACCCACAGUGUGAGGAUGAGUGGCGAAGGGAGGCAAGGAUGAUUCUCGAGAGUCUUGAGAUUGAAGAUGAUCCAUUGACUCAUAAUGGCAGUGGAGAUGCUGCCGCCUCUGGCCCGAAUUCAAAGGUUUUUCUAUGCGAAUGGAGAGAUGAUACAAAUGGUCUGUGUGGGUUCUAUUGUAAGACGCGAAAGGAAUUGGCAGAUCAUCUCAUCACCGGAGGACAUAUCUUAUUGAAGUAAACAUAGUAGCUUUCUUCCCUGCUUUGCUUUGUUUUGUUUUUGGUUAUUCUUGCUUUUUUCUGGUUGUUGCCUAUGCUCAUUGUCUAAGGUCAAAGCAUCCUUCGUAUGUAUAGUACUGUAAAUAGGUGCCCUUGCGUAUUGUCGUCCUCACUGUAUAUUUCCAAAUGAUGAUUUGCUACUGUUCAUAUGUUCACGUUCAGCACUGG